AGUAAUAUUUUAUACCCUUCAUAUUUUGAAUCGUCAUCAUCUGCCCUUUUUCUCUCUUCUGUCGUCAUCAUCGUCAUCGGCACAACUGAUUGCCUUCUACUUCUCCCUCCUCCACUUUCUAUUCUUCCACCGCUCUCUCACUCUGUGUCGGUCUAGUUAGGUUCUUCAAUCGCCAAGAAGAGAGACCCUAUCGAGAAUCGUAUAUUCCGAAUCAACCGACCUCAGACCGGGCUUCCUUCGUUAUUUAUGCACUCUAGGGUUUCGAUCCCUGAUCUGGUCUCUUGUUUUUGGAUUAAAUUUGCUUUAUUUAUAGAGUGAGAGAGAAAUAUAUAUAUAUAUAUAUGUUUGGUGGAGGCGUUGUAUCAUUAUUAUCAUCCAAUUAAACAAUUUAGGGUUUGAUUUGUAUUGUCUCUCUCGAAUUAAUGAACAGUUUUGCAUAUUAGUAGAGGAUUAGUGAAACUUUUAUUAAUUUUUAUUUAUUGCUAUAUCGCUGUUGCGCUGAUAUAAUCGAAGCUCGAUUGUCUUUGAUUUUGAAACAGAAAAAGAGAAAAUUGCAAAAUAUAUUAUUAUUGUCAUAUGCGUUUUUAAGUUUUGAUAAAAUAUUCACACAGAAACGCAAACAAAAGAAAAGAAAAUUUAAAAAAAAAAAGAAAGAAGAAAAGAUUAAAAGGAAAGAAAAGGAAUUUAUGGGUAGCCCUGGAUCGAGCAACUCUGCCACUGCACAGCGACUUGGCUUGUCGGAUCCAAUAUUUACCGGAGGGCCUACAGAGUUCGACGUGAUUAAGACCCGCGAGUUGGAAAAGUUUCUUGCAGAUGUGGGAUUAUAUGAAAGUCAGGAAGAAGCUAUUAAAAGGGAGGAAGUGUUGGGGAGAUUAGACCAGAUAGUGAAGAUGUGGGUGAAGAACAUUUCCCGUGCUCAAGGCUUCAAUGAGCAACUAGUCCAAGAAGCUAAUGCGAAGAUCUUCACAUUUGGUUCCUAUCGGCUGGGUGUACACGGCCCUGGUGCGGAUAUAGACAUACUAUGUGUUGGACCAAGACAUGCCACGCGAGAUGAAGAUUUCUUUGGUGAAUUAUACAACAUGCUGGCAGAGAUACCUGAAAUACAAGAAUUACAUCCAGUCCCUGAUGCUCAUGUUCCAAUAUUGAAGUUCAAAUUCAGUGGUGUGUCUAUAGAUCUUCUUUAUGCAAAUGUAGCACUUGGGGCUAUUCCUGAAGACUUGGAUGUUUCAGAAGAUUCAAUACUAGAGAAUGUAGAUGAACUGACAGUUCGUAGCCUCAAUGGAUGCAGAGUUACAGACCAAAUUUUGCGUUUGGUUCCAAAUAUUCAGAACUUUCGUACUACGCUGAGAUGUAUGAGAUUCUGGGCAAAGAGACGUGGGAUUUAUUCAAAUGUUACGGGGUUUCUUGGUGGUAUUAAUUGCGCAUUACUCGUUGCUCGUAUAUGCCAGCUUUACCCAAAUGCACUGCCUAGCAUGUUGGUGUCAAGGUUCUUCAGGGUCUAUAAUCUGUGGAGGUGGCCAAACCCUGUCAUGCUAUGUCCUAUUCAGGAAGGUUCUCUGGGACUUUCUGUUUGGGAUCCUAGAAAUUUUUUUUGGAAAAGACUGCAUCCGAUGCCGAUCAUAAAGCCUGCAUAUCCUUGCAUGAACUCUAGUUACAAUGUGUCGACAAGUACAUUGCGUGUUAUGAUGGAUGAGUUUCAGAGAGGCAAUGAAAUUUGUGAGUCGAUGGAGAAGAACAAGGCUGGAUGGAUGACCCUGUUUGAGCCUUUCCCAUUUUUUAAAGUAUACAGAAAUUAUUUGCAGAUAGAUAUAGCAGCUAAGAAUGAUGAUGACUUGAGGAAAUGGAAAGGCUGGGUUGAGUCUCGGAUUCGCCAGCUUACUCUGAAGAUUGAGAGGGACACAAAAAGCAUGCUUCAGUGCCACCCACACCCUGGUGAAUUUUCUGAUAAAUCCAGACCGUUUCAUUAUUGUUAUUUCAUGGGUCUGCGGCGGAAGGCAGGCACUAAUGCUCAGGAAGGUGAACAAUUCGAUAUAAGGUUGACUGUGGAGGAAUUUAAGCACUCUGUGUUAAUGUACAUCUCCUGGAGUCCUGGAAUGUGGAUCCAUGUAUGCCAUGUAAGACGUAAGAACAUUCCUCCUUUUGUAUUCGGCCACCCCAACUUACAAAAGUAGCUGGAGAGACUCUUUCUACUGCAAAAACAAAGCAUGGAGGCAAGUGGCAGCAGCCUCUUAAGGUGUACAAGAGACGAGGAAGAGAUGCCUCUAAGGCCUAAGCUUUGAUUUGGCAUGCAUUGGAUGAUGAACACCUCAUUUGGGACCGUGCCUAGUUAUGUUUUAGGCUUAUGAGUCAUGUUUUAUUAUUAUUAUUUUAGUUUAGGGUAUUUCGGUAAUUUCAUAAUUUGUAGACAUGGGUUAUACGGGUUGCUCAUGGGUCGUCUUGUGGGUCAAGUUAUUAGAUUUUAUUUAUGUUCCUUAUUUAGUCUUAAAUUAGUUUUGAAAGUCCAAACUAUUAUAGUGGUUUCCUUUUUUGGUUCUAAUUGGUUUAGGAAGUCUCUUAGUUCUAUAUAAAGCCAUGUAAUGCUUUUAAUUAUAUAGACUUGAUAUUUCAGAGAAUUUAGAGUUUUUAAAGCUUCUUUA